CUUCUAUACUUCUCUGUUCCCUUUGUGACCUCAUCACAUGUGUCCUUACUGGUUUCACAUCAGUCCUCUGCAAAAAUGUUAUUUCGAUGAACGCAAGGCCGAGACUAUCUUGUUCACUGUCAUAUCAUCAGCCCCUAGCGAAAUGACUAAGUAUAUAGUAUGGAUGUCUUCGGUUGAGAUUAACUGGAUAUGGUUUCUCAUUACAAAGUUAAAACGUUGUGAAGAGGCAAGAGUGAAUGACGGCAUUACAUCACUAACCACCAGCCACCAUCUUUUGGACUGCUCUUACUUGAGCGAGACGUGUUCAUCUCUGGAAUUUUUUCCCCAAGACCACCGUUGUUCUCUGGUGACUUCAAUAUUUCCCUCACUCAUCUUUCUUCUUCUUACUUUCGUUUCCAUUAUCCACGCAGCGGCAAGAGUGAAUCUCAUUCCACUGAGGGUGGAUGCUGUUUGUUGUAAGAAAAAAAGGGCUAGGAAGAAGAGAGGAAGAAAAGAAGGAAGAGAAGAAGGAAGAUGGUCAUUGCAUAGUCAGGAAGCAUCAGCAGGAUCUCUAUCUGCAACUCUACCCUACUUUGCUCCAGAAAUACAAGAACUAGUGAUUUCUCCUGGUGACUGUUCCACACACGAACCAGAGAUAGUCUUCCUGCACAUAAGACCAGUUGCAGAUUGGCUGGCCUUCCCUUCCAUCCGCUAUUCUCCCCACCGUCCAACCUUUGUCUUGACUAUAAUCACAUGGUAUUUUCUGAGCCAAAAGUGUCCAACUGACCCAGAAUUCCUGAGCCACAACACAGCUUCAACAUGACAAAAGCUUGGAUGUCAUCAUUCCUGUCCUUAAACAAGAAAAAGCUUCAUGAACUGAAGAACAAUAACUUUCUGGGACCAAUCAGAACACUGAGGUUGUAGGGCAAACUAACAUCCCCAAAUCUAUAGAGACAUAGCUAUAUAGAGAGUCGCAGUUGAAAUCUGCUUAUCUGGAGCAGGAGCUGCUGAAGCCAUAAAAUGUUCCUAGUGCCUUAUACAACACAUCUGGCUUUCAAUAAAAUGUUUCAAGGCAUUUCACAAAAAUAGGGAAAAUCAACAAAAGCAAAAGCUGGUUCUCUGAGUUGAUAAAUACAAUUAAUAAACCUGUAGCCAGACUAACCAAGAAAAAAAUAGAGAAGAUGCAAACUUCCAGUAUCAGAAACAAAAGAGGAUCCAUCACUAUAGAUCUCCUAGACAUUAAAAGGACAAUGAAGGAAUACUGCCAACAAUCCUAUGCCUACAAAUCUGCUAGUUUGAUGAAAGGGACUAACUCCUUGAAAGAUACAAUCUACCGAAGCGGACACAGGGAGAAGCAGAUAACCUAAAUAGUUCUAUUAGUAUUAAAGAUAUUGGAUCAAUAAUAGAUACCCGUCCCAAAAGGAGAACACCAGGCCCAGAUAGUUUCACUGUUGAAGUCUAUCAGUACUUAAGAGAUAAUACCACAUUUCAUAAUCUCUUCCAGAAAAUUAUAUCAGAGGAGGCACUUCCUAACAUUCAGUAGGCGAUUAUUACAAUAACAACCAACCAGAUAAAGACAAAAGACAUUAUAAGAAACAAAAAUUACUGAGCAAUGUCUGUCAUGAAUAUAGAUGCAAAAAUCCCUAACAAAAUAUGGACAGAUCAAUUCUCUUUAUUAAUGGAAUUAUACCAGGUAUGCAAGGCUGGUUCAUCAUUCAAAGAUGUAACCCAUCACAUUAAUAGGCUAAAGAAGAAAAAUCAUAUGAUCACAUCAAUUGAUACAGAAAAAGCAUUUAAUAUUCAACACCUAUUCAUGUUAAAAUGUCAACAAACUAGGAAAAGAGGGAAAACUCCUUAACAUAAUAAUGAAUAUACACAAAAGCCCUACCUACAGGUGAGAGCAAACUUCAUGGUGAGAGAGGAAGCAAAACUUUUCCCCUAAGACUCAGAAAUAGUCAAGGAUGUCCUCUCUCACCACUUCCAUCCUACAUCAGCCUGAAUGUUCUAGUUAGCGCAAUAAGAAAAGCUAUAAAAGGCAUAGAGAUUGGAAAAGGAGAAAUAAAACCAUCUUUAUUUAUGAAUGACAUGAUUAGGUAUCUAUAUAAUUCCAAAGAAAAGACCAAAAAAUCUCUGAAGUAAUAAGUCAGCACAUCAAGAUCACAAGACGCAAGGUUAACAUUCAAAAUUUAAGUACUUUUCUAUCUACCAGCACUGAGAUUUUGAAGUUUAAAAAAAAAUACCAUUUAAAAUGGCAAAAAAAAAUGAAAUAAAGAUAUAAAUCUAAAAAUAUGUGGAUAAGAUCUAUAUGGCAAAAACUAGGAAAAAACUGGUGAAAGAAAUCAUAGAAUAUCUAAAUAAGUGGAGACAUCGUCUGUAAUUAAGGAUUGGAAUAUUCAAUAUUGUUAUCAGUUCUUCCCAACUUGCUGUAUAGAUUCAAUCUCAAUCAAAUCUCAAUCAAAAUAUCAGCAAGGUAUUUUUAAGAUGUCAACAAACUGAUUCUAAAGUUUAUAUGUAUAGGCAGUUGAAUUAGAAUAGGAAAAUACCAAAGAAGAAAAUUAGAGUAUUCGUACUGCCUAAUUUCAAGAUUAUAUAAAGCGAUCACAAUUAUACAGCAUAGUUUUGUUAAAAGAUUAAACACAUAAAUCAAUGGAACAGGAUUGAGGCCAAAAAUACACAUGUAGUCAGCUGAUCUUUGACAAAAAAGCAAAAGCAAUUCAAUGGGAAAAAUCUGUACCUUCAACAAAUCGAACACAUCUAUGCAAAAACUGAACCUAGACAGAGAACUAAUAUUUUACAAAAAUUAGCUCAAAAUGGAUCAUUAACCUAAAUAUAAAUUCAAAACCACAAAACUUGUAGAAGAAAACAUUAAAGAAAAUUUAGGUUACCUUCCUUUGGUGAUAGUUCUUAGAAUACCAAAAGCUGAUCUAUGAAAGAAAAAAGAUUACAAGUUGAACUUUAUUAAAAUUUAAAACAUCUGCUUUGCAAAUAACAGUGUUAAGAAAAUGAAAAAGAUUAACCACAGAUGGGAGAAAGUAUUUAUAAAACAUAUAUCUGAUAAAAUUUUGUAUCUAAAAUUAUACAAUAACUCUUAUAAUUUAACAAGAAAAAAAAAACAAUUUUUAAAAAUAGACAAAAUAAACUAUCCAGACAUAAAAUCAACAAGGAAACAGUGGCUUUCAAUGACACA